AUGGGCUUCUCCAGUGAAUGGCUGGAACAGUCCUACCUGAACUGGAGGCAUGCCGCCAGCGCCAGGUAAGUACGGUUAUGGGGGAGGUGAUGGGAAUGAAUGGCAAGGACGGUCGGGGAUGGGAAACCGACAAUAGGAUGGGAUAGUAAUAGAUAGUUAGGGAUAGGCUAACGAUCAUCCAUCCACCCAUCCAUUUGCAGACUCAUCCGAAUAGUGCUCUUCAUAACUUCUGGCUCCGCGUUCCUUCGAACCCUCGGUCACCUGCCCGGCUUCUACGCGCUCUGGACGGCCGCCAUUCUGCUGCUCUCCACAGUCACCGUCAUCUUCCACGUGCUCCGUCCGGCCCGAAUCGCCGCCUUCCAAAUCCUGUCCGCCGUCGUGCUGAUCCUUGACGUGGCGUUCGCCCUGCCCGACUACGAGUCGCUUUUCCCCGCUCUCCUGGCCGUAUUCUCUCUUUACGUAUUCUUCUCGCUGCCAUUCUAUGCAAUUCUGGCGACGUCGACGCUGCUGAGCAUUGUUCAGACGUGCUCAUUUCUGCUGUUCGUCGAACCGCUCCACACAAACGAGGUGAGUCUCUUAUCGGAAAGCAAAAGAGAGAGAGAGAGAGAGUGUGAGUGCCUUCUCCCUAUCAUUAGAAAAUGUUGCACUUUUUAUGUCCCUAAUGCCACGUCGUGACACUUAAAUGUGGGCUAGUCUAGCCAAAGUCUUGUACAGUCGAAAAAAGUGAUAAAGAUGGCAGAUAUCUCCGCGCCCAUCGGAUAUCAUUACGCCGUCAGCCCUCCGAUUUAUUGUUUUUUGAUUGAUAGGCGCGAUGAGAAAACGGCGACGCAGAGAGGGAAACCAAAUAAUAUUCGUGAGAAAAUGAUGUACGAUUCCGUCGGAGAGGGCUUCGAAAAGCGGUGAUCCCGAAUUUGGUGCUGCGCCUUUAAUACCGUACCACAACUCUUCGUUCAAAUUCUGCAAAACGAGCUGCUCGUAGGCAAAAACAAGCGUAAUUUCCUCUGAAUUGGGCCGGCCAAUUCUAAUUUCCGGAGUAUACAAUCAAUUAAUUAUCGCCCCACUAUUAUCCACUGACCAAAUUGUUUCUGCGUAUUGUUUUUUCCGGUUUGAUCAUCAUCUUCCUCUUCUUCUUCUUCUUCUUUUUCUUCUCGCGCGCAAACAAAGCCACCACCUUCUUUUCUCACUCAUUUCUGUGUGUUGUCGGAAGAAGGAAAAGUAAACUAUUGUUGUUGUUUGUGUGGCUGUUUCAUUCAGAGGAUUAUGAAUGAAAAGUAGAAAAGAGAGAAGGAGGGCGAAAGGGCGCUUCCUUUUCAUUUAUGUCCCUCUGAAGCGGGGCGAUCGAACUCGCAGAUAAACAGAAAAGAGACGAGGGAGGGCCGUUUAUCAAAAAUGUGUGACGAGCUCUCUUGUCUUCUGUUUCGGAAUGCGCGACAGCCAGGGACGCGUGUCAAACUUAUGACAGAGCAUAUGGAAGAGAAAUGGACGAGAAGGGUUAAGAAGUUGGACGGGGAGAGAUUAGAAGGGGCAAACCGAGCGGUUAGGGGGUCGGAAAUAGCAGGGACCGGCGAUCACUGUAGGUUCAGAAGUCUGCAAGCACACAGUUCUAGCCUACCGUACUCAUCCAUUUGGUUAGUGAGAUUUCCAAUGAUUUCGGCGUCUCUUUCAUCUAUUUCGAAAAUGCGCUAAUAACUUGAUUAGAAGGAGAAAUUGGAUUUUCCAAUUAGUUACAGUACCAUCUCUUUCUGACAGAUUCGCUGUCGCUUCUUACCGCUUCUUACUGAUCUGUGAAAAGUCUAGGUGUUCUUCUUCUUCUUCUUCUUCCUCCACUCUCUUCCAGAUGCUUCCGAUCAGUUUCCAACACUGAUAUGACACCUGACUCUCCGUAGUCCGCACCAAUCCAUUCAUCUUUUGUCCUUCCCGCACCCUGGAGUAAUUUCGAAAUCCGGCGGCUCCUGUCGUUUUGUUUUACAAUCGCUUUUCACUUUUUGUGCCAGUGUUAAUCACUCGACGACAGCAGCCGAGAGUUGGAAAGAAAGAGAUUGAGAGAGAGAGUUACACUUGUAGCAGCUCGUAAGCAAUGAUAUCCCGCUCCCUCCGUGUGUGUGUGUAGUCUCAGAAGAGAAGGAGAGAGAGAGAGAGGAAGAACAGGUGAAGAUCGAUGAGAAAUUUAUGAGGGACCGAGGGACUCAUUUUAUAGGAAAAUUGAGGCCCAGAAGGGGAUGAUAGUGAAGAGAAGGGAUCGGAAAAUACCUUGAGUUGAAAGUUAGAAGUGUGCACCCAAACAAUUCAUUAAUCACCGUUUCGGCAACUCUUUCGACACUUUGCUCCCUGACUUCUUGGCUCCACGAGCUUCUCCGUUUACAACGUGCCACUCUCCUCCCGUGUGUAACCGAUUCUUCACCCCUGAGCCCUCAAUGAAAUGCAGAAAGAGCCGCAACCACCAGUACCACAACUUUUUUCGAAGGUUGUAACUUUGAAAGUGAAAGUGCACUCUCCUCAUGGCUCAAUGAGCACAUUAGAUAUGAAAAGUGAGAUGGGAGAGGGGGAUAAGAGAAAGGAGAAAAGAAAGGAAGAAGGGGGAUAUGAAAAUGAAAUGGAAUAAAGAGUCGAGGGAUGUAACUCUAGGGACUAGAGCAAUCUUUGACAUUCCCAUGUGAACACCCUUUUCCAGCUCCUCGCCAUCAUCGUCGUGCACAUCUGGACCAACUUCACCGGCAUCUACUUGUGCUCCACGGCCGAUCGGCUCGCCCGAAACGCCUUCCUCUCGGCGCGAAACUCAUCGGAAGCCGAGUCGAGUGCCGAGUUUCAAAGCAACCGUCUGGUAAGUUGUCGAACGGAAAAGCAAACAAUCGCGUCCUCCCUCCGCGAGGAGGGUGUCAAAGGCCAUGAGGUGUCAAUUCGGUUGCGCAGAGCCAGCAAACAGCCCCGGGGGCACUGUACAUAUACAAUGGGCGCGCAAAUUGGGACUGUUUUGAAUUGUGAAAAGGAAAAGGCGAACGGAAAUUGCGAGCGGGAAAAACUAUCAUGUUACACACAUGUCUGGGCAGAAAAAGGAGUCGAGAAGGGGGGAGAAAUGAAGUAGUAAUAUGAGGGACUUUUUGCAGAACAAGUUACUAUCCUCGUUCCUUCCGUUCCAUCUCAUCAACCAGGCCAGACAUCAGAUCACCCUCUACAAACCGCAUUUGUACAAUGAGAACUAUUCACAGGUACAAAAAUAGCUACAGUAAUCCGUCAAUCUACAGUAACCUUUCAGGUCUCUGUCGCCUACGGUCGUCUCGUCGGCUUCGAGUCCGUUCUCGCGCAGUGCUCCUCCAUCGACGCGGCCCGUGUGCUCAAAGAGCUCGACAAUCGAAUCGAACGGCUCGCAGCGGCCAACGGAUGCACCCGCGUGGCUUCUGAAGGCAUCACCGCCGUCUGCUCAAUCCCCGGAAUCGAUUCUCAGCACGCGACGAAGCUCUGUCGCUUUGCCGUCGAGCUGGAGACACUCGUGAAUUCGUUCCGGGACGCUACAGGCGCCGACGUCUCCGUGUGCAUCGGAAUCGACAGCGGAGCCAUCACAGCAGGAAUUGUGGGCGUGUCCAAAUGGCACUAUGACGUCAUCGGAACGGUCGUCGACAAUGCGCUGCUGAUGCAGAGCAACGCCACUGAGCCGUAAGUUUUCGAGGCAGUCCAGUUCUCUCAAUACGUUACUUUCUUCGUUUUUAGAGGGGUCUACGUGUCAGAUGAGACUCGCCGAUUUCUGAGUGCGACUGGAGAGUUCGAACUGGAAAAGUGUGCAAUCGGAUGGAAACUCUACGGACAUCUCCCGUCAUCGGAUCUCUUUCCCAUCAACAAACGGUAAGAAAUGAGACGGAUUCGAAACGAUUAUGUGUACUUGCAGAUUCUCACUGGUGACCGUGCCCCAAGCCGUCAACAGAGUGCUUCAAAGCAUCGUCGCCAUGAAUCCGACGCUCAAAACGAUGGGAACGAACAAGAAGCGGAAGGCGGAGAAGAGUCAGGAGAAGUUUGAUAUGCGGAAGGAAAAAGUGGAGCACUCGACUAUAAUCUCGGCAGUCAGCCAGAAAUUUCGCAAUCCGGGACUCGAAUCCGAGUACCACAAAGAGACGGAUCACUGGUUCAUCCCCUCGCUGGCCAUCUCCAUCUUCUUCCUCGUCGUUUAUGGCAUCUAUCACAUGUUGGUCAUGCCCAGACUCAUCACAAGCUUGGCAUUGAUCGUCGGCGCGUUGACCAUCAUGUUCUUCAUAUUGCUGAUGCUCUACAUUGACUAUUUCCAUGUAAAUACUGCAUUUUCGAGUUAAAGCCUCAAGAAUCGGUUGCAGACGUUCUCCCAGUUCAUCACCAGAACAUCAGCAGGUCACGCCGUCAGCAUCAUUCUCAUCAUCGUCAUUCUGUUCGUUUGUGGAAUUGUGAAUACGGUAAGCUUCGUUUCUCAUUGGAGCGCACUUUCAUUCCCCUCUUCUUCCAGUUCUCAUGCCCACAACCAAAUGCUCCGGACGUGUGUCAGAAGGCUCACUUCUCCACGUAUUCCUUUGCGAUGUGGACCAUCACCACCGCCGUCUUCGUCCGUUUUCCCUCGGUUUACCUGGCCGUCCUCCUCGUCAUCUCACUUUUCACCUACGGCCUUCAAAUAUACGUCGCCCGUCCCGAAGACUUUGGACCAAAGGAGUUUAUGACUGAACUCGACCUCACGUGUUUCCUGAUCUCACUUGCCGCCCUCGUUUUCGUUCAUUCGAGAAGGUGCGAGAAGUUGCUCCGCUUGGACUUUCUGGCAGUUGUGAAGGGAAUCGAGGAGACUGCGAUGAAGGACAAGUUGAUAAAUCUGAACAACCAGAUGCUGCUGAACCUGGUGCCCGCGCACGUGGCCCCCGGAGUCAUUCAGAAGGCCGGAGACGUCUGGCACCACUCGCAUCAGUCCGUCGGAAUCGCCUAUUUGGCAGUGAGCGGGUUCGAUUUGGAAGGAGAGGCCGGCAUAAGCGGACUCAACUACGUCUUCUCGCAUUUCGAUCAAACGAUCGCCAACUUCAAGGGAGUGGAGAAGGUGAAAAGUGCGAAUCGAUUCUACAUUGCGGCCGUCGGAUUACUUCCGGACGCCGCGCAGAAUGUGAACGAGACUCCGUGGACGAUCGGGGAACUUCUGAGCACGCUGGCGCACUUCAUCAUCAGCAUCUCCCAGUUUGCCGUGGAGAAUGAGUUUCAUGUGCAGAUUGGGGUCGACUGCGGAAGUACGCUUGCCGUCGUCACAAACACCGAUCAGCCCCGUUACGAAAUCUUCGGCGAGACCCUGGACCGCUCGCGAACCCUCAUGCAGGCGGCCGGCCACGACACGACCCUGGUCUCCGAAGAAGUGUUCCUCGCCCUGAGGCCCCGCCCACUUCGGUUCAGCCAACAGGCAGUCAAAGUGGCCGCGAACCUGAAUGCUUACGAACUGGUGACUGGCAUUCGGGAGAUGUCGAUCGAAGUGCCGACGAUGCCACGCGAAGAGCAGGAGAGGCACACUCAGGGCAUGGUCGAGGCGCAAUUUGCCAGCCAUUCCGGGAUGUACGAUACGCAGACGUCGGAGGUGAGUGGAUUACUGUAGUUUGAUGACGGGGUGAUAAAACUAUAGGCAUUUUCGAUUCCGACCGCAAACAAACAAUGACUCAUCUCCCUUCGCUUGAAAACUGUUUUCCUUUUCAGAUGGCCUCCUCGAUGGCCUCUUCUUUCUCUUCGGAACUUCGCUCUAUGGAUGGCGAUGCUGAAACGGACUCUGAUUUGGAAUGGAUAACUCCUGAAACGGCACUGAUGAACCAGAAACAUCCGCAUAGAACUCAAAAGUAUCAAAUGAGACACUCGGACUACGAUCCUUAUCGGGAGCCCGUGCAUCGGAACAUCCGGGCGGCGUCGGUCGAACAAGAGUACAUGAGCCGGAGGAUCAACUCGGGAUCCGACAUGUCCGACGCGGAGUGUGCGCCCACCACGAGCAGGGCAAACAGCAGAAACAGUUGUGAGUCAUUCAUUCCCUAUCAGUGUCGUUUUAAUUACCAGUAUUCGCUAUUCAGACCGUCGUGGUUGGCGCCCUACUUCCAAAAACUCGCUGCGAAAUGGAUUCGGACUGUUCCGAAAGGGAAUGUCGGAUACGGAGCAGUCGGUCGAAGCGGUCAAUCAGAUCGAGGCGGCCGCGAACCGAGUCGACAAAAUGAUCCAGGAACUGAAUGCAUUCGGUGAUUUCGCCGACGUCAAACCGCUCGAAUAUCAGCCGUUCCCAGCCAAUUUCGGAUCCGUCAAGUCGAUCCACAGGGCGAUGUCGUCCGCGUGUCACACGGAAUACGACAACGCCGAGUCGGACGCCGCCAUUUCGGACGUCGAGUCGAAUGCGAACGUGAGCUCGAGAAGAUCGCAUUCGCGACAGAAAAGAAAGUGGAAGGACGCGAGAAGAUGGCAUCAGGACGCCGCCGACGGGGACACGGAGUCUCAGUGCAGCAGUAUGACUGGAAGUCUCGACUUGGAUCCCAUCAGGUGAGCAGUUAGUGGGCAGAAGCCACAGUAGGCUUCACGGAACUUUGAAAAAUCAUAACAAAUUUCGAAAAUAUGCAACAAACUCCAGCUUUGGCUCAAAAUGACAAAAAACGUAUCUCUACUGAAUCCUCUUUUAUUCGUUUGUUCCAGAUGGAAAUCCACGCACUCGAUCGGUUACGAAAACGAGUACGAAAUGCAGAGUGACGUGGAAGGCCUGGCUCUCGAGGAGAUGGCCGCCCUUUCCCGUGACAUCCGCAACAACUUUGGCGACUUCCAACUCGCCACUUUCGACGAUAUCGAUCAGGACUAA